AUGGCCUCCAAUAAUGAUGAGCCACUGACUCCAAAGAACGUCUACAUCGUCGGAGCCCAUUCCACCGGAAAGACCACCCUCUUUGAAGCGCUGAAGCAGCGUUUCACCUCAGCCCUCGUGUCCGAAAUCUUCGGCCCCGGCACCAAAGGGCCUGAGUUCAUCGACGAACUUGUCAGAAUGGUGAUGUACAUGAAAAGCUACGAUGCGAACGACAUCCGAGACCCUGUGCGAGGCUACCAGUUGCAACUGCACACUCUCUGGACUCAGUACGAGAUGGAGUCCGUGUUCCAUCAUCUUUGGAUUUUCUCCGACAGAUCUGGCCUCGACCCUAUUGUUUACGCCCGUGUUUUCCUUGGCAGCGAUGAAUCCAACAGAUUGCUCGAGAUGUCUGAAUGGGAUCUCCUUCGUCGUAGAAUGAGAGAUGGCCUUGUGGUUCUCUGCGAGCCAAGCAACUCGACCUGGCUGUCCAGCGACCCUGUUAGAGUUGCGCUUCAUAAGGGGGAGUGGAUGGUUCUUGCGGAUGCAUUUAGAUCCAUGUUGCAGGAACAGGGAAUUAGAUUCGUGGCUAUACCUGCGGACAUGGAGAAUUUGGAGCAUCGUGUUCAGUUUGUGGAGGGUCUCAUCAGAUCUGGAUUUUGA